GAUGUAAACUAACCAAACCAGAACAGCAGUCAUCUGUUAAAGGAGGUCAAAAUCUUCGUCAUUCGCUGAUUAAUUUAUUAUAUAAAAUAAUUUGAAAAGAAAUCUUAUCAGGUUGCGCAUGAUUGAUCUCAUGAGUUUUUCAAUUCAUCAUACAUAUGAAUACACUGUGGCUAUUGUAUUCAUAAAUUAGUUGGUGUUAAAGUUUAGCUCACAAAGUAGUGUGAAAAAUUGAUAACUUUCAAGUUUAUUUCACUUUAAUUACUAAUAUACAUAUAAAUACUUAAAUCCUCGAGAACAAAAAAAACGUGAUAAGAAUUUAGAAUUUGUAAGAAUUUGAGCUGCCUACUGGCUGGAGAUUACAAUGACCAGUUUUAUAGCGUUGCCCGUUUUUUUGCUGGUAGCAAUACCAUUCGCCACUUGCGCAGUUCCCGUUGACUUCACAACGUACACUUCCUGUGCUGACCGAUGUGACACAACUGGACACAAUCCAGAACUUCCGUGCCAAUGCAACCAAAAAUGUCAGGAGUACAAUGACUGCUGCUCUGACUAUUCCGGAACUUGCUUGACUUGCCGUGGACGUUGUAAUUUAUCUUAUGACGAUGACCUUCCUUGUCAGUGUAACUCAAAAUGUGACAAGUAUGACGACUGCUGUGACGAUGUCAAAGACCAUUGUGCAAGAAUGGCGACGGUGACAGACGUUGAGUUAGCGACUUUCUCAGAGGACAUCCUGUCCAACGAUGUGAAUAACUGUGGGUCCCUCGUCUCCCUCAACACACAGGGAUCAACCUGCUUCUCUUGUACCAAAGAUGCUGCUCCAGAGCCAUUGCUGACCGUCCGUACGGAGGCGUACCAAAAACCCACAAUCUCCAAGCUCCUUCCCCUCCACAACAAUUACGUCUUCCUCACCGGACAGCCUGAAGUUGUGACCAAUGACGAGGUUCGAGAAGAGACUGAGUUUCUUGAUGCCAUUAUGACAACGCCAGCGAUGAAGAAGGCAGAAAAGUUCCUGCUCGAUAAACGUCUUAUCGUCUCUGGCAGACGAUCCGGUGGCGGACAGAACAACGCUGCUGUCCGAGAUGCUGUCCAACAAAUUUGGUUUGGUCUCUAUUCUCGUGAGAACAGGACGUUGGGCUCAUCCGGAUUUGAACAUGUUUUCCUCGGCGAAGUUAAGAACGGUCAGGUGUCAGGAUUUCAUAACUGGGUAUUUUUCAGUAAGGAGGAAGUUAACAGCAAACUCAACUAUCGGGGUCGGAUUGGAACCGUGGUGAAUUUAGGCGCUAAAGGAAAGAUUCUGAAGCACAAAUUUGACUGGAACAACAGAGAGAAACCAAUUAGUUCCAUGUUUGUUGGAACAAGUCCAGAGUUUGAGAUUGCUUUGUACACCGUUUGCUUCUAUGCCCGUCCCGGAGCUCGUUGUCCAGUGAAACUUAAUGGAAAAAAUGUGAAUAUUCAAACUCAUUACAUGAACAGACUAGGAAAUCGAUAUGUGGCCAGUGCCUUUCCAGACAUUUGAUUGGAAAUCAUGCCAGCUCAUGCGUUUUCUGUGUUGAGGAGAUUCGUUUUCCAUUCUUUCAAAAAAAUUUAAAAUAUUGAUGUUCCAUGUUUCGCAAUUGAAUGAAAUAAAUAAGAACAUUUAUAAUAAUUA